UCUGAAAUCGACGACUAGAAGCUUAAAAAAUAACAGUGACAUCUACAGUAAAAUUGUGACACAAAUCAAUAGUGUUGCAUGUCGUUUGACAAUAAAAAAAAUAAUGUGGACAACUUUGUCCAAACAAAACAUUAUUUGUUAAAAACAUCAAUUAUUUAUAAUUGUAGAUAUCUCUAGAAGCAAUAAUUAAUUAUUCAUAACAUAGUGUGGUUAAAAAUGUAUUAUUAUGACAUAAACUAAAAGUGAUCAUAUUUCGGCACAUGUCCAAAAAUCAACUCUUCUCGAUCGAUCAGUGCUGCCGUAUAAAAUCAUUCGUCGUAGUAAAAUCAGCUGUCAAUUAAUACAAACAUUUAUUUUCCUUGUGAAACAUGACGAGCCAAUCCACCGGGAUACAGCAACUUCUGGCUGCUGAGAAAAAAGCAGCAGAAAAGGUUACCGAAGCUAGGAAACGCAAGGCAAAGCGAUUGAAGCAAGCGAAAGACGAGGCGGUUGAGGAGAUUGAGAAAUAUCGUACGGAGCGCGAACGUAUAUUGAAGGAAUAUGAGGCAAAGUAUAUGGGGUCACGAGAAGGCAUUGCUUUAAAAAUUGACCUGGAUACUCAGAAUAAAAUGGAAGAGCUAAAAAAGGCGGUGGAUAAUCGUAAGGAUCUAUUAAUCAGUGAUCUUUUAGAUCUGGUUUACAACAUCAAAUCGGACGUACAUAGAAAUUAUUCUAAGUAAUAAAUUAGCCGAACAUCUUUAAAAGAUAAGGCAAUAAGAACCAUGUAGUAGAUAUAUCGAUGAUAUUUUAUGAUGAAAAUUUCAGUCGGAAAAACAAACGUUGUGCACAUGCGAAUUUAAUGGUACAUUUUAUAUGUAGUGUUAUUGUUCUAAAUCAAAAACUCGAAUGUUCUAAUUUUAAUUGUCAUCGUCUCAUAUAUUUAAAUCUGCGAAAAUGAAUAACUAAAGUUAGUUUAAUUUUAUUUAACAAAUUAUUAAUAUUCAACUAGUCAAUAUACACAACUUUACUAAAUUUUUGAAUAAAGUAUAUAUUUGCACAUAAUAUAAAA